UAAUCUCCUUAUCCUCUAGUAUCAUUUCUUCCUAUGACAAAAGGACACUAAUACCAUUAGAUCCAUCUAGGCUGUGAGAAGGGAGAGCAGAAUACUCAAAAGAUUGUAGUAGCUCUUCAAGUGGGGGCCUGCUGCCCAAUAUUGUCAUGGCAGAAAUACUUAGAACUGUGGGGAAAUAUAAUCUUUUCAUGUGUGCUGCAACCCACAAGGGGAAUGAAUUACCACUCAUAAAGUGUAGUUUUUAUUUGACCUUAGUAAUGUACCUCUCAGCUGGUUAUUCAUACUAGUCCUAAAUAUCUUGAAGAGUUACAACCAGCCCCAGCUCAUAUCCACUGCAGUGGUAGCAUCUUCUGUUUUAUGACAUGUUCUUUCAAAUAAAAUUGUGAUCUGUUUAGCUCUAUUUAUCCAUGUCAGCCUUUUUUGCCUUCCACAGAAACAUCCAUCAAGGAAGCAGACACAGUCCGAGCUGUUGGCAGAUGUUUAAGCAGACAAAACUAGGUGGAAUGCUAAACUUCAAACAGAGCAAAGACUUCAGUCUAUGUUCCCAACUAGUCAUCAUCGAAGAACCAACAACAACUGUUUUUCCUCUUUUCACACUUUAAAUUUGUGAAAGAGCUGUCCAGAGACACAGUGAUGGAUGGCCUCGAAAUAUCCCAAAUAAAACCCUCAGAGAAGGGGAUGCCCCUAUGUCAUCUACCCAUGUAGCUGUCAAAGUAUGUUUGAAAAGAACACUAGAACUAUUCUAUUUUAGUACAUGGCUGAUCUAACUUAAAAUUGGGCUUUAUUUGCAAACCUCAAGUUUCAGGUGAAUUGUUUGCAUUUUAGUUUAGAAGGCAUGGUAGCUUCCAAAGCAAAUACUGCUGCACGGUGCUACCCUUAGGCUUUUGCAUUCUGCCCCUUUCAUAAGUGGGAAACUUUCAUAAACCCAAGCGAGACUUCAUGACAAGGUGUCAUGGGAGCACCAGAACAGAUUAAGGUAUUUUCAGCCUAUGCUUUUGAAGUGUAGAACUAGUGGCUUAUUUUGAUAUCCUAUUCCCUCAGUUAGUGUAGAUCUGUCUUCCCUGAUAUGAGCUGACUAUGCCCAGCCUUAACUUGGAUGCACUAGAUAUAAGUGACAAACUACUAGUAGAGCUUUGGGAAGACAUCUUCUGCAUUCCAAGUCAAGAGCUCCAUCAUGUAUAGAUAAAGCUGCCAAUCUGAGGAACGGACAGGAUGUCCCGCAAGGUUCACUGUGAUGAGCAAGAUGAUCUGCAUUAUCAGGAUUCAGAUGUACCAGAACGUCGGGAUAACAGAUGCAAAGUCAAGUGGACUCGUGAAGAGGAUGAGCUGCUGAAUUCACUGGUGACACAGUAUGGACAUGAUUGGAAGUUUCUAGCAAGCCAUUUUCCUAACCGCACUGAACAGCAGUGUCAAUACCGCUGGUUAAGGGUACUAAACCCUGUCCUGGUUAAAGGUCCUUGGACUAAACAAGAAGACCAGAAGGUCAUUGAACUGGUGAAAAAAUAUGGCACAAAGCAAUGGACGCUCAUAGCUAAGCACUUGAAAGGCCGGCUAGGGAAGCAAUGCCGGGAACGCUGGCACAACCACUUGAACCCCGAGGUGAAAAAGUCAUCAUGGACGGAGGAGGAAGACCGUAUAAUCUGCGAGGCACACAAGGUUCUGGGAAACCGGUGGGCUGAGAUUGCAAAGUUGCUGCCUGGAAGGACUGACAAUGCUGUGAAAAACCAUUGGAAUUCCACAAUCAAAAGGAAGGUGGACAUAGGAGGUUUUCUUAAUGAAACAAAAGAAUCCAAGCCCCUGUAUCUGCUAGUGGAAGUGGAUGGCAAAGAAAGCCAAAAUGUAACAGAAUCUGAGAACCAGCAAACCUUCUUAACUAACUGGCCUGUUCAGAGCUUGGAAAUCAAAGAGGAGGAAGUCAUCAAGGAAGAGCCAGUUGGUUUGCAAAUGCUGCCUUCUGAGCAACUUGCGGAAAGCCUGGCAGAAGACCAUGUCAAGGAAGCAUCAGAAGAUAUGGCACCUGACAGUGCCCUGGAGGAAGGUUCCUCUUCAUACACAUGGGUGGUCGAACCAGGCAGUUACUUGUGCAGCACUUCCGUCCCAGCCAUUGCUGAAGCCCUGGACUUGAUUGAAUCUGACCCAGAUGGUUGGUGUGAUCUGUCUCAGUUUGACCUGCCUGAUGAUUUUUCCGCAACUAACAUGAACAGCCCGGAUCAGCAAACAUCCAUCAAGCCGUAUUCUUCCUCGCAGAACGUGACAGAGUACCGUUUGGAUGGCCACACAAUUUCAGAUCUGAGCAAAGGCAGCAAGGGUGAACUCAUUCCCAUUUCCCCACGCACGGACAUGAGCUUUGGCACGCCACCUUCUGUACUGAAGCGGCAGAAGAAGAGGAAGAUCAGUCUCUCGCCAGUUUCAGAGGGUGGCACAAGCACUAGUUUCUCCUUCCUGGAUUCCUGUAACAGUCUGACCCCUAAGAGCACCCCUGUCAAGAGCACCCCAGUCAAGACGCUGCCGUUCUCUCCUUCCCAGUUCCUGAAUUUUUGGACCAAACAAGACAACCUUGACCUGGAGAACCCAUCCUUAACAUCCACGCCUGUCUGCAGCCAGAAAGUAAUAGUGACAACCCCACUACACAGAGAUAAGACACCAUUGCUCCAGAAAAACUCUGCGUUUGUAACGCCUGAUCAGAAAUACGUCACAGACAACACGCCACAUACACCCACACCUUUCAAGGAUGCUCUGGAGAAAUAUGGACCCAUUAAGCCUUUGCCACAGACACCUAAUCUGGAGGAGGAUUUAAAAGAGGUACUGUGGAGUGAGACUGGUAUUGAGCUGAUCAUAGAAGAUGAUGUGAAGCCAGAGAAACAGAAGAGAAAGCAGGGUCUGCACAGGAGUCCCAUUAAGAAGGUCAGGAAAUCUCUUGCCUUAGAUAUUGUGGAUGAAGACUUAAAGCUGACAGUUUCCACCAUGGCCAAACCUGUCUGCUUCAAAAGAAUGCAGCCUAUGAACUUCCUUUCGCAGUCCCUAAACCUUUCUUUGUCAAGCAGCAAGAAUGACAACAGCUUGCUCAACAGAGGAUUUGUGCAGAUGAAGGCAGAGAAGGUCUCUUCUAGGAAAAUUCAAAGCAAAUACAGGCCACCUGCUCUCAUGUCCAGUGCCUGGAAAACAGUGGCAUGUGGUGGAUCUAAAGAUCAGCUUAUCAUGCAAGACAAAGCACGGCAGGUCUUGGGCGUGUUGAAACAGAACCAUACCUCACGGACUUUAAUUUUAUCUUGAAGAACUCUUCAUUUUGUAGCUUUAUUUGGAAGUGGGGAGGGGAAGAAGGCAAGGCCUAAGGCUGUUCUCUUCAGCAGGACAAUAUGGUCGCCUUUCUCCCUCCUGGUAACCCUGGAUCUCUGUAAUACGUGUCUUUCAUAAAUAGUUCUAAACUUCAGGUUCUCAAAUGGCAUCGAAAUGUUUUAUUAUAGUAGUAUAAAUCGUCAGACAUUUGGAGGAAAAUGCCCUGAGUUGUUAGAACACACCAGUUCUCCUGCACAUGCCUUCCCUUCUUUGUCAUUUCCUAGGCAGAAUUGUCCUUGCUUCUUUCUGAUUGAUCUGCAAGAGGGAAGAGAGGGGCGAAUCCAUUUAUGGUGAAGAGAACACCUUGGAUUUCUGGAUUUGGUUUUACUUUGGGAACCUUAAGUGUAAUUAUGAAAAGUCCCUGCCGAUUUACCCUGGCUCGUUUUGGAGACUGACUGAUUGGCAGUGGAUUAGAACAGAAAGAACAAUAUGUGUUACCAGUUGGAAGUAUCAGCAAUCUUUUUAUUAGAUUGAAUUAACUAUAGGAAGCAAGAUGUGGUCUUUUUUCAUCAAAACAUCUCCAAAGCAUUCAGUCUGAAAUAAUAAAAUUACUGCCUUAAUUUAGAUGUGGUAUCCACUGCUAGGUUUAUAUAUUGUGGUUUGCUUUGGGUGUUUUAUAUUUUCAGGUCCACCAGAUGGUGCUGAUGCCCAUCCUUAGCAAACUUGAUGAUAUUUAAGGAGCAAGCAAGUUUGCUUUAAGCAAAGCAGUCUGUGCAUUGCUGGGAGCAUUAUUGUUUGUUAUUGCUUCAUCUCUGCUAUGGUAGGUAGAAGGAGACUUAGGUUACAAAACUGUGCAUGUCUGGAUAGAAAAAAGUCCUUCAGCUCUGAGCAUGGCUAGCUGGGGAAUGCUGGAAAGUUGGACUUCUAUUUGUCUAACUAUGCACAGAAUCGGGCCCUUAGUGCAUGUGGGCGUGAAAUGUACCCAGUGGAAAAGCAAGCCUUGAGCAAGAUCAUCUUGCUGUGUGCACUGCAGCCUUGUUAAGAACAGGUUUUUAAGGUUCAUUUUGUAGCCCUUCCUUGACCAUGUCUGGCGUGAGGUAGACAAGGCCUGAGAACAGCGGAGUUCUCCAUUUUAUACUGCCACUGUGCUUUAUCAUCUGUGCCUUGAUAUUGAUCUGAGGGUCUAUCAUGGGUUGUUUGUCAAAUUGGUCACGCAGAAUGAGUCACUGUGAAGAUAACAUUGACCAACUGCCAUGCUGCAUAACCUUCCACUGUAUUCUGAUGGCCACUUCACAUUCACAUGUACCUGACAAACAUGUUUACAAAUGGCUGCAUAAUACGGGCACACAAUGAGCAGAGAGUCCGCUCCGCUGAGUAUCCAGGUUGUUCUCUGCCUAAUGAGUGAAUUUACCUGAGAGUCAAGGUGAAAUUAGCCUGGGAGCCACUGUUCCCCACCCCAGGGCUAGAGGAUUGGCUCUAGAUUUAGGAAACUAGAGUUUAAAGCCCCACUCAGAUGUGCUUUAUUUAUGAAUAAUUCUUGGUAUACUGCUUAAUAUACUGAAACCUCUACGUGGUUUAAAUG